CAAAGCCAAAGUCAGAGAGAGAAAAUCCCCAUCUCAUUCUAUAUUUCCAUUUGACCAUUUCAUUGCAACGCUGCUUUUUCAUUUCCCACUCGAAAAUGGCAGCAUCUCUCGUAGAAUUGCUCCCGAAAGAGUACGGUUACGUCGUCAUCGUUCUCGUUCUCUAUGUCUUCCUCAAUUUCUACAUGGCAUUCCAAGUCGGCAUGGCUCGCAAGAAGUACAAUGUCCCUUAUCCCACCCUUUAUGCCCUUGAAUCCGAAAACAAACAAGCCAAUCUCUUUAACUGUGUUCAGAGAGGACAUCAGAACUCUUUGGAAACAAUGCCCAUAUUCUUCAUGCUCAUGAUUAUGGGAGGGUUGAAGCACCCUUCAGUUUGUGCGGGCCUUGGGUUGCUUCAUGUUGUUGCUCGCUAUUUCUACUUCACUGGCUAUUCCACUGGUGAUCCCGCGAAGCGACUCACUCUCGGGAAGUUUCAUAUGCUGGCAAUUCUGGGUCUUAUUGUGUGCACAAUUUCAUGUGGGCGGAGCCUUCUCGAUCAGCCUACUAGCUCCUGAUGCUGUUCUCGUUCAGCCCGCUAGCUCCUGAUGCUGUUCUUUUAGAUAUUCUAGUCGCUAGUUGAGAAAUGAUAAAUCCUUCUAAUUGACAUGCCUAAAAAUUUUCCUAAUUCAAAAUCUCAUUCACAUACAUUGAAUUAUCUUUCAAUGUUUGCGUAAGUUACAAUCUCUACUGUUUUGGGUGGAAUUCUGAAUUAGGAGGAUCUUUAGGCACCAGUAGAAGGCUAUAUUAUCACUCUUGCUAAUUUGGAGUUUCUUUGGUCCUUCCCUGUUCCAAUAAGAUAAGCUAAAGGAUUAUGAAUAAUGUAAGUGUAUUAUGUAUUUGAUUUCAGUAUAGCCUUUGUGUAACAAUAAGGAAAAGUUUGUAGUUUCUGAACGUCUUUUGAAUAUGGCUUACCAUACUAUUUGAUCCUGAGUUGUCUUCAAUUACAUAGCUGAAUGUAUUACUUCUGUU